AUGCGGCCGAAGUUGUCGCAGGUUGACAUGAUACAGUCCAUCUCGGGCUGCAUCAUUUGCUCUGUGUCGGCGUGGAAUAGGAAGACUUAUGACAGUUUUUCCACCUUUUAUGACAGCCCACAGACGGCUAUGGGUGCACGGCCCACCGUCAGUCCUGUAUCUGACGGGUAUUCCAUCCUGACAGUCACGGAAGGCAUCGUAUCCUGUAGCGUAUAUCACAGGUCGAGUCCAUCACAGGGUCGAGUACCUCAGAGGUCGAGUCCAUCACAAGUCGAGUCCAUCACAGGGUCGAGUACCUCAGAGGUCGAGUCCAUCACAGGUCGAGUCCAUCGCAGGUCGAGUCCAUCACAGGUCGAGCCCAUCACAGGGUCGAGUCCAUCACAGGGUCGAGCCCAUCACAGGUCGAGUCCAUCACAGGGUCGAGUACCUCAAAGGUCGAGUCCAUCACAGGUCAAGUCCAUCACAGGGUCGAGCAUAUCACAGGACGAGUCCAUCACAGGGUCGAGCCCAUCACAGGGUCGAGCCCAUCACAGGGUCGAGUACCUCAGAGGUCGAGUCCAUCACAGGUCGAGUCCAUCGCAGGUCGAGUCCAUCACAGGUCGAGCCCAUCACAGGGUCGAGUCCAUCACAGGGUCGAGCCCAUCACAGGGUCGAGUCCAUCACAGGGUCGAGCCCAUCACAGGGUCGAGCCCAUCACAGGGUCGAUCCCAUCACAGGGUCGAGCCCAUCAUAGGGUCGAGUACCUCAGAGGUCGAGUCCAACACAGGUCAAGUCCAUCACAGGUCGAGUCCAUCACAGGGUCGAGCCCAUCACAGGGUCGAGUACAUCACAGGUCGAGCCCAUCACAGGGUCGAGCCCAUCACAGGGUCGAGCCCAUCACAGGGUCGAGUACCUCAGAGGUCGAGUCCAUCACAGGUCAAGUCCAUCACAGGGUCGAGUCCAUCACAGGGUCGAGUCCAUCACAGGUCAAGUCCAUCACAGGGUCGAGCCCAUCACAGGGUCGAGCCCAUCACAGGGUCGAGCCCAUCACAGGGUCGAGUCCAUCACAGGGUCGAGUCCAUCACAGGUCGAGUCCAUCACAGGGUUGAGCCCAUCACAGGUCGAGCCCAUCACAGGGUCGAAUCCAUCACAGGUCGAGCCCAUCACAGGGUCGAGUCCAUCACAGGUCGAGUCCAUCACAGGGUCGAGCCCAUCACAGGUCGAGCCCAUCACAGGGUCGAGCCCAUCACAGGGUCGAGCCCAUCACAGGGUCGAGUCCAUCACAGGUCAAGUCCAUCACAGGUCAAGUCCAUCACAGGGUCGAGUCCAUCACAGGUCAAGUCCAUCACAGGGUCGAGUCCAUCACAGGGCAAGUCCAUCACAGGGUCGAGUCCAUCACAGGUCAAGUCCAUCACAGGGUCGAGUCCAUCACAGGGUCGAGUCCAUCACAGGUCAAGUCCAUCACAGGGUCGAGUCCAUCACUGGGUCGAGUCCAUCACAGGGUCGAGUACCUCAUAG